AAGGUUUUCUAGAUGCCUUCUUGAGCCUGCUUGUGGCCACCCACAGAUACUUGUAAGGAGGAAAGAAGUCAGCUUGCCAGAGACACUGUGAAAUGAGGGAUUAGAGUCCGGGAUCCAAGAAACAAGAGCAGCAGCCAAAAAGACGAGAGAACGGGCUCCGAAGAGACUUAUAUUGAAAGGUCUGCCAUGGCCUCCCUUGGCGUCCAACUGGUGGGCUACAUCCUAGGCCUUUUGGGGCUUUUAGGCACAUCGAUUGCCAUGCUGCUUCCCAAUUGGCGAACAAGUUCUUAUGUUGGUGCCAGCAUUGUGACAGCGGUUGGCUUUUCCAAGGGCCUCUGGAUGGAGUGUGCUACACACAGCACAGGCAUCACCCAGUGUGAUAUCUACAGUACACUUCUAGGACUUCCUGCUGACAUCCAAGCUGCCCAGGCCAUGAUGGUGACAUCCAGUGCAAUGUCCUCACUAGCCUGCAUUAUCUCUGUGGUGGGCAUGAGAUGCACAGUGUUCUGCCAGGAAUCGCGAGCUAAGGACAGAGUGGCUGUAGUAGGUGGAGUUUUCUUCAUCCUUGGCGGCAUACUGGGUUUUAUCCCAGUUGCCUGGAAUCUUCAUGGCAUCCUUCGGGACUUCUACUCACCACUGGUUCCUGACAGCAUGAAAUUUGAGAUUGGAGAGGCUCUUUACUUGGGCAUUAUUUCAGCCCUGUUCUCCAUGGUAGCUGGAAUCAUCCUCUGCUUUUCCUGCUCACCUCAAGGAAAUCGUACAAGCUACUAUGAUGGCUACCAGGCCCAGCCUCUUGCCACUAGGAGCUCUCCAAGGCCUGGCCAACAGCCCAAAGCCAAGAGUGAGUUCAACUCCUACAGCCUGACUGGGUAUGUGUGAAGAAUCAGGGGCCAGAGCUGGGGGUGGGGUGGGGUGGUGACUGGGACUGUAAAAAUAAAAAAAAAGUAGUGGACAAUGCCCCAAGGGUCACAGACAAGGGGCAUUGCCACUGAAUCACGUGAAAGGUGCUGCUGAGAAUAGACUGACUGUGGAUAUUGGAUGGAGUGAAGGCAGAGAUGGGGACUGGUGUGACAGCAUAUAGGUUGAAUUGCCAAGGACACUCAUCAAGCCAGCUUUUCUAUUUCCCUUACCUUGCCUCACCAAGGCACCUCCUGUACCCUGAAUGCUCAACCUAAAACUCCAAAUCUCAUCCCUGCUACUUUUGGCUAAACCCAGAGGAGCUCUUCUGCCUUUUGGUUUACCUGGAAAUUCGUGCCCCCACCCCACUAAUCAUAUCCAUCUGUGAUCAUCUGUGACCAGAAGACCUUCUCCCUCUAGUUGAAGUUGGCUCUUAACUCAGUUGCUGGGGACAGAGAGAAGAAGGAGCGGUGGCUUCUGUGAGCAUAGCUCUAGCUCCCUUCUUAAACCUCCAUCCAGAGAAAUGGAUUGAUCAGUAGCAGGCCCUGAAGUCUCCCUCCCACCUUUGUUAUGAAUUCAGCAUGUCUAGACUGGUCUGUGAAUGAACUAAAGGAAUGAUGUCUCAUGGCAUCCAACACAAAGCAACUGGGCACAGGAUGGUAGGCAACCUGGGACGCCCAGACCAUCAGCAUCAGUUCCAGGGCACUUCCUCUGAUUCCCAUACUCUUGUGGAAGUAUAGUUGCAGGAAAGCACAAGUCUGCAGCACUUUUGACUACACUGAGGAAUUGCCAAGAAGCUGCAGUUAACAACUGCUGCUG